AUCUAGGGCAUCUCUCGCAUAUCUUGACAGAAACUAGGUCAGGUACAAUUUGUAUUACUUUAGUUGUAGUCUACUUCCCAACACCGACGUGCAUUAGUUUAGCGAUUAAUUAAGUCAACCAAUGGAAGCCUAUGGGGUUAUAUUAAUUUCCUGUCGAUAAAGUGUAGCCUAUACGUUGACAUCGGAUUUUUACACAGCUCCACAUCUAGGUUAUCAAAACAUUGUAACCAGUAUCUUUCACGUUAACAUACCUUCAUGAGCUACACCUUGUUAGUUUGGUGUUGAUUUUUUUUUUUUUUUAAAGCGGUUGACAACACAGCGCUCCAGGUCACGUGAACGUCACAUGUCACUCUGACAGCGCUGUGAGGACAGGGGCGCUGAGUGCCGUACAAUGUCAUCAGUGAACGAGUCAUCGGCGUACCGGUGUAGACAAGCUUGUUUAUCUUACCUGCGAGAAAGGUGAUUUCGCCCUUGCUAUUGGCGUGGAAGAAGGGACCGGUCUCGGAAGAAUGAGUGGGGAGCUUUCGGAUAAACAGCGACUUUGAUGAAAGAGCUGUCUGCUCCAGUUUAUAAAGGCAGACACCAUGAAUUACGUGGGUCAGUUGGCUGGGCAGGUACUGGUCACCGUCAAAGAGCUGUACAAGGGCAUCAACCAAGCCACACUGUCUGGCUGCAUAGAUGUGGUGGUGGUGCGGCAGCCCGACGGGUCCUUCCAGUGCUCCCCCUUCCACGUCCGGUUUGGCAAGCUGGGGGUACUCCGAUCACGAGAGAAAGUGGUGGACAUAGAGGUCAAUGGGGAGCCGGUGGACCUGCAUAUGAAGCUGGGAGACAAUGGGGAGGCCUUCUUUGUGCAGGAGGCAGAGGAGCUCAAUGAAAUCAUUCCUGCCCAUCUGGCCACUUCGCCAAUCCCAACGGAGGAUCCCGUGUUCUGGGGCCGUGAUCCUCGUGUCGUCGGCUCCUGCAUGGAGGGGGGACCAGCGGAGGAGGUGGCCGGCACUGCAGGGGUGAAGAAGAGGAGGAAGAGGAGGAGAAAACAUAAAGCAGACCUGCGUAAGGAAGAAACGAGUGCAAACACCAACAGUGAGGCUGAGAUGGACAAAGACAAGAGCUCUGAGGACGACAACCACAUACACACCAGCCGACCACCAUCAUUGCCUGCCGUGAAGGACUCCACCAUGGAGCACAGGCACCCUGCAUUCCUCUCUCAGGACAGAUACCCUCUGUCAGACGAGCACUGGAUGCCCUCAGACUGCAGGCCCCAGCCCAGCAGUCCUAAGAGUGACUCGGAGCUGACGGUCAGGGCUCCAGAGAUGCACGGAACAGAGGCACGCAUGCAGUGGGCCUGGGGCGAGUUCCCAGAGUCCACCAGGGUGAGCCGCAGAGAGAGGUCCGAGUCGCUGAAGACGGUCACCAUAACCCCCUCAGAGACCACACACUUCCGGGUCAUUCUGAGCGCCAAUGCCAUGGCAACCUCCACACCCAGUCCUGUCUGUCCCAUUGUCAAACCAGAACCCCGCAGCCUGAAAUCAGACGCCCCUCCACUGAAGCCAGAUGCGACUCCCUCAAAACCAGAGGCUCCCGGCCCAAAGGCACGCUGCUCAAGACGGCCAUCAGAUCCCUUGGUGAGCCACGGCUACGGGUCAGCGGUGCCCCCGGCCGCUGCCCGUCUGCUGGGGGACAUGACAGAGGGCAUCCUGGAAGAAACACCCAGCAGUAAAGCAGACGCACUCUGCAAGAGGAAAGCUGUGAGGAAGAGAAGUCAGCAUCAAGGUCCAGAGGACAUUUACCUGGAUGACAUCACCGCUCUGGAGCCAGACGUGAUGGCGCGCUACUUCCCCAAAACUGAGUGGGACUCCGCCGCGCAGCACUGGGUGGAGGUGGGCCGGCGCUCCGGCUCUCAGUCCCCGCAGUCAGUGGGCAGCGCGGGGGCCGACAGCGGGACCGAGUGCCUCUCCGACUCCGCCUGUGACCUGCCCCAUGUCUCCCUGUCUCUCUGUGGAGGCCUCGGCGACGACGCCCAGAUCAACAAAGAGAAGUUCAUGGAGCACCUGGUCACCUAUCAAGAGUUUUCUGAAAACCCCGCCAUCAUUGACAACCCUAACCUAGUGGUGAGAAUAGGCAACAGGUAUUACAACUGGACGCUAGCCGCUCCCAUGGUACUGAGCUUGCAGGCUUUCCAGAAGAGCUUACCCAAGGCCACAGAGGAUGCCUGGGUGAAGGAGAGGAUGCCUAAGAGGUCGGGUCGCUGGUGGUUCUGGAGGAAGAGUUUCAAGCAGUCAGAGUCUAAGUCCGAGACAUCUGAGAAGCCCAGCGGAGGAGACCCUGCCCUCUCCCAAGACAACCCCACUCCACAACAAAAGGUGGCUGACUUAUCCAGCGAAGAGGAGGAAGAGCUCGGUCCUACGAGCAUUCCUGAUCGCACGCAACCAGAAGGCCACACCAACACACACUCCUACAAGAAGUCACUCCGCCUGUCCUCGGACCAAAUAGCCAGCCUGAGGUUAAGAGACGGCCCCAACGAUGUGGUGUUCAGCAUCACCACCCAGUACCAGGGCACGUGCCGCUGUGAGGGCACCAUCUACCUGUGGAACUGGGACGACAAGAUCAUCAUCUCGGACAUCGACGGAACCAUCACCAAGUCAGAUGUGUUUGGGCAGAUUCUCCCUCAGCUGGGCAAAGACUGGACUCAUCAGGGCGUCGCCAAGCUCUACCAUACCAUACACCAGAAUGGUUAUAAGUUCCUGUACUGUUCUGCGCGGGCCAUCGGUAUGGCGGGCAUGACCAGGGGCUACCUGCACUGGGUCAACGACCGCGGCAGCAUCUUGCCCCGCGGCCCACUCAUGCUGUCGCCCAGCAGCCUGUUCUCAGCGUUUCACAGGGAAGUGAUUGAGAAGAAACCCGAGAAGUUUAAGAUUGAAUGCCUCACAGAUAUCAGAAACCUUUUCCCUCCCAACACACAGCCUUUUUAUGCGGCCUUUGGAAACAGAGCUAACGAUGUGUUCGCCUAUAAACAUGUCAACGUGCCUCUAUGCCGCAUCUUCACCGUCAACCCUAAAGGAGAACUCACGCAAGAGCAGAGCAAAAGCAAUAAAACUUCGUACAGCAGACUCAGUGAACUUGUGGAUCACGUGUUUCCGCUGUUAUGCAAAGAGCAAAACUCGGCCUUCUGUCAUCCAGAAUAUAGCUCGUUCUGUUUCUGGAGACAGCCCAUAGCAGCGGUCUGUCUGGACAAGCUGCUCUGACCUGCUCAAGGCAUUAGACCCUACCUGACUGACUGUCUGCUCAGGCUGGUCCUGGCCCAAGGAAACUGACCUGCGAUCAGUAGCAGAAAAAGGGCACUUGCAAUAAGCGUAUUUGAAAA